UGAAUGAAGCUGAGGAGAAAUUUGAAAUGCUUACGGUGUCCUGCGCUCAGCUGGAGGACAGAGUGAAGGAGCUGGAGCAUCUGCUCUCUGAGGCCAGCAGAGACUGUGACAUGAAAAGCAAGGAGUGUGAGCAAGAGCGGGAGGCUCACACCAUCCUCCAGACAGAGAACAACGAGUUGAAGAAGUCUCUGACUCAGAAGGAGGAGUUACUCGAGGUCACACUGGCAGAUGCUGAGAAGAAACAACAGAAAGAUGUGGAGGCCAUUGCUAGUCUGGAGGCCGAUAAGUUCUACAUGAUAGACAUUUUGAAGAGAAUGAAAAACACAAUGAAGCUCUUUGGUAACCUGCUCUACAAGACACAAAAGGAUUGUGAGCAAGAGCGGGAGGCUCACAUCAUCCUCCAAGCAGAGAACAAUGAGUUGAAGAAGACUUUUACUCAGAAGGAUGAGUUACUGAAGGUCUUCGUGGCAGAAGCUCAGGAGGAACACCAAAGAGUUCAGGAGGCCAUUACCCAGCUGGAGUCUGAGAAGUCAGACCUUAAGGAGCAGGUGAAAACACUGCGAGACACCGUGCAGGAUUUAGGGGAUCUGCUUUAUCAGACUCAGACGGAGUGUGAUGAUCUAACAGAAGAAUGUGAGCGAGAGCGGGAGGCUCACACCACCCUCCAGGCAGAGAGGGACGUGAUAAAGAAGACUCUGACUCUUAAGGAGAAGUUCCCGGAGGAGCAAGAGUCGGAGGCUCACACCAUACUCCAGGCUGAGAAUGAUAAAAUGAAAGUUCUGAAUCAAAAGGAGGAGUUAGAAAAACCGAAGGUAAACUACACUUUUAUAAAGAUAUGACUGCUGUUACUUUGAAUGUGUGUGUCUGUGUUGACCUAUAUCAAAGGCUUAUUAGCUAAUCA